AUCACCUCUGGCAGAGUUGUUUUUAAGCUCCCGCAGGGCAGGAGUCUGCCGGACAGCCCGGGGCGCACGCAGCACACGGGGCCCGGGGUGGUCAGCACUCGGCUCUGGGGACCCUGCAGGCGGAUGUCUGUCCGUCCAGCAUGAAGCCUCUCGCCUCUGUGACUUGGGCCGCCCUGACCCUCAGCCUGGUCUUCGCCUCCUUCCACUCGGCUUGCCUGGCAGAAGCAAGCAGCACCAACUCUUCAACCUUGGCCACCCACCACCCAGGCCCCGAGACCCUGGAGCAGUGCCCCAAUGUCGAGUUCUGCCCACAAGCCGCCCGGUGCUGCCACACUGGCGUGGAUGAGUAUGGCUGGAUCGCUGCUGCCGUUGGCUGGAGCCUCUGGUUCCUCACCCUCAUCCUGCUCUGUGUGGACAAACUGAUGAAGCUCACUCCAGAUGACCCCAAGGACUUCCAAGCAUGACACUCGGAAUCACAGCCCCAAGAAUGUCAUAUGCCACCAAGCUGGAGAACAGAGAGAAGGGAAUAGUGCUGAUGUGGUUUCUCUCAUUUUAAAGUCAUUACAACUUUCAGCUUCAGUUACUUUUAAAAGGGAAGGAAGUAAGAAAGGGGGAUCAAAAUAAGGAAAGACCAGUGCUGCCCUCACACAUUGUUUCAAAAGGCACUUCAGCCUUCUGAGCCCUGAUAAUCUCCUUUCUCAAGAUAAAACAGUCUCUUACGAGAAUGGCCCCUACUCUAACAAUAGCUCCCUUCUAGGUCCCAAGGGAGGUGCACAUGAAAUAUAAGACUUACUCCUUUAGUCAACAUAUUUGAAACUAUACUUGGGAUUUUCUCACUGAAAACAGCUUCCUUAGUUCAGUCAAGGGCAUCACUGUUAUUUCAAAAUGUGAGAAUCACCUUUUUUUUUUAAAAGCAGUUUUGUUGAGAUAUAGUCACACACCAUACAAACCAUCAGAAGUAUACAAUCACUGGCCCACACUAUCAUCACAUAAUUGUGUAUGCAAGCCCAUGAGAGAUCACCUUUGACCCUCUCACCCAGCUCACCCCCAAAGCCAGUUCCUUUUCUGCCCUUGUUUUUUCUUCAACAUCUCUUCCAUGGUUGUCCUAUCCCACUCAUUCUCACCACCACACCCUACUGUGGCCUUCACCACAUUGUACCUAGAUUAUUUCAGGACUAUUUCAUUUCACUCUCACUGCCUUCAGGAUCUGCUUCCCCAGCUGAAUUCUCCCCGUAGGCAACUGCCAGAGUAGAAGUAAAACUUCUCAGCCUGGCAUUCAAUCUUUUGUAUGCAUGCAACCAUCUUUCUAGUGUAUCUCCCAGCAUGUCCUGGAGUAAAGGCUCUGAGGGGCCACACUGGCCUUCUCCUCAUCCUGGUGCCUUCAAGUUUUCCACCACCAUUCCCUCUGCUGGGAUGAAGGCCUUCCAACUCUACCUCAAGAUGAAAACCAUCCCCCAAUGUCCAGCUCAGAUGUUUGGUUUGCAUAGAGGCUUCUCUGAUCACCUGGGGGAGAAGCAUCUCAUCUGUGGGCCUCCUGAACAUGUUGUGGGUUCUCUUAGGGCACUUCUGCUCUACACUAAUGUGCAGCUAUUAUGAAUGUGCUUCUUUACAGUUAGUUUAUAUCUACUCCAGCUCCUGGGACAUAGUAGGCUUGUCAUAAAUGUUUGUUCAAUGAAUGAAUCAAUGAGUCCUUGCCCUAGCAAAACUUGUGAUCAUCACUCUGUAUUUGGAAUCUCCAUUUUUCUCCAGAUGUUUAAAAUAACAAGCCUCUGAAGAAGCCAACUGUUUAGUCACUGCUUUCUCAGCAAGUGACAGUCCUCAACCCUUAGCAAAGAGAACGGCACACUUCAUCAUGAAUUCUUUCUGUAGGGAUCAGAGGAGAGGAGGAUGGGUUCAAUAGAAGGAAGAAAGGACAAAUGAUGCAUCAUGAAAGAAUUUCUGCCCUUUGUGAGGAAACAUGUAUUUAGACUGGAUCAACUAAAUGGUCCUGAGACAAAAAAAAAAAAUUGAGAGGGCUCUAAAAUAGGAGGAAACAUUUUCUAGAGGUAGAAAAUGAAUCAAAGCUACUCAAUUCCUCUUUCGGGAACUCUAAAUAAAUAUCACUGACAACAGGAACUGAAGGGAUGGCCUUGCUCAUCCUGCUGUCUUAUGAAAAACCAAUUUCUGAAUCUUAGUUGCUUAAUCAGCAAAAUGUGAUGGAUUUAUUGUCCACGAGUAUUAAAUGAGUAUACAAAAAUGUCUGCAUAAUGCUUGAUGCAUGCUGUUGACAAAUACAUUAGUAUGUGUUCUACUUUUUUUUUUUUUUUAAGAAAUUCAGUGAGUUUCCACAAUAUGUGAUGGUUCAAUUCCCUAGAGAAGAAAAGGUUCAUAAUUAAUGCACUUUGAUUUAAUAUCUGCAAACAUUUUUGAGAUAAAACUGUGUCAUAGUGGAAAGAGCACUAGCCAAAAAAAGAAAAGGGAUAUCAAGAUUUAUUUCUGGCCAAUGUGAACAGAAGCAAGACACUUUACUCCACUGGGCACCAAUUUUCUGAGCAGAAAAUGUAUGAAAUCAGUGGUUUCAAACUCAGUUGCAAAAGCACUAAAUGGAAGAGGGAUGAGUAGAAGGCCUGUCCCUUCAGCCAGAACAGCUUGGCUCUUAUCUUUACGUAUAUUGGACCUUACAUUAGCAAGAUUUCAUGUGCUGCGUUAAAAAGCAGAGUGCAGACCAGUUGGUCUGAGUACACUCCAGCUCUAUGAGUCUGUAGAGUCUCAGACUACUCCAAAGUGAAUUACGUCUAGUUUCUGCCACUAUCAUAUUCAGAUUUCAGACACUUUGUGAAUUGCUUUUCUUUCAUCUGCACCAAGAGGAAUGAUAGACCAAAUCUAAAUAACCACUUUUUUUUCUUUUAAGACUGGCAGAAGGAAGGAAAGAUGCUUAUAUAAUUUGAUGGUUAUGCUUCCCAGAUGCUGCAUCUCAGAUUUAUUAUCAGCCUGGAAUCUCUUCAUUAUAGCAGAGAGAACUAUCAAUAUAUUAAAAAGGAAAACCUGAGGGGGAAAAACAAUCAUCAACUUCCAGGGAUCUAAGAGCUUCCUGGUAUAAAGAACCUAACAGUAGAUGUACUUCCACUUUAAAAUUCUGCCUUUAGUAAUUGAUGCUAUCCUCAGUGUGAUGCAAAGUCAAUACUGUACAGGGCUUUUCUAUGUCCAAAUGCCAUAUGUAGAAAUAAAAUAUUAAACAACAAGCUCUGUGCCACAAUUGUUUCAGUUU